CAGAGUCCCCCAAGCCCGGGGAGUGAGCCAUUGGAAGAUUUAAAUAGCCCAGGCCCGAGGCUGCCAGGCCUCAGCUGUGGACUCGUCCGCCUCCCGGGUGGCUCCAUUGGUGCUGGCCCGCACUGGGGGGCUCGAUUGGCUGCCCAGCUGGCACUGACAUCCCCCCGAGCCUGGUGGCAGCCGGAGGUAAACAGCAUGUGCAGUCCUGCACUCUAUAUUUAACAGCUGCCGCAGAGCAGGCAGGGAGGCAGGGCGUAGUGGCGGCUGCCGGGCUCGCGUCUUUGGGGAGAAGGCCCUCACAGCCAGGCUGGCACCGGCCCUCGCCGUGUGAGCAUCGCCAUGCCUGCCUCCCAGAGCAGGGCCCGGGCCCGGGAUCGCAACAACGUCCUCAACCGGGCCGAGUUCCUGUCCCUGAACCAGCCCCCCAAGGGGACCCCGGAGCCCCGUUGCUCCGGCAGGAAGGCCUCAGGCCCCUCGGCGCAGCCCCCACCCCCUGGCGACGGGGCCCGUGAGCGGCGCCAGUCACAGCAGCUGCCCGAGGAGGACUGUAUGCAGCUGAACCCCUCCUUCAAGGGCAUUGCCUUCAACUCCCUGCUGGCCAUUGACAUCUGCAUGUCCAAGCGCCUGGGGGUGUGUGCCGGCCGGGCCGCGUCCUGGGCCAGCGCCCGCUCCAUGGUCAAGCUCAUUGGCAUCACGGGCCACGGCAUCCCCUGGAUCGGGGGUACCAUCCUCUGCCUGGUGAAGAGCAGCACGCUGGCCGGCCAGGAGGUGCUCAUGAACCUGCUUCUGGCCCUGCUGUUGGACAUCAUGACAGUGGCCGGCGUGCAGAAGCUGAUCAAGCGGCGAGGCCCAUUCGAGACGAGCCCCGGCCUCCUGGACUACCUCACCAUGGACAUCUACGCCUUCCCCGCCGGGCACGCCAGCCGCGCGGCCAUGGUGUCCAAGUUCUUUCUCAGCCACCUGGUGCUGGCGGUGCCCCUGCGCGUCCUGCUGGUGCUCUGGGCUCUCUGCGUGGGCCUGUCGCGGGUGAUGAUCGGCCGCCACCACAUCACCGACGUCCUCUCAGGCUUCGCCAUUGGCUACUUCCAGUUCCGGUUGGUCGAGCUGGUCUGGUUGUCCUCCAACACCUGCCAGAUGCUCAUCUCCGCCUGGCCGGGCCCAGUCCUGGGGACUGCCCCACUCGGCUUCUGCCCUGGAGAUAACAGGCGAGCACCAAGAUGGCAGGAGGGGUGCCGAGUCGUGUCUUGUCCUUCCAUCGUCAUGACUGUUGAGUUCUUGGCUCUGCUCGCCUCCCCACAGCACGACUCCCGGCAAAAUACCUGCAACCCAGCACCCGACACAGACGCCCUUGCCAUUAAUGGUCGUUGAUAGCCAAGGGCAGCACCUUCCAAAGGGCGCCCCUCCGGACACCAGCCUGCAGGACGCUUUGGGAAGAAAAAUGGUUUUGUGGUCAAAUAAAUUUGGGAAAUGCUGCAUACUCUGUUGGGCGUUCACGAGGGCCGUUAUUGUAGUAAAGGCUCUGACAAGUCCUGUAGAAAAGCUUCCUGGCGAACCUUGUUUAACCCACGUUUCCUGCACUUAUUUGACCAUGGAACCCUUUUCUCACGGAACAGCUAUUAACACCCCCCAUCAAGGAACUGGGUUUCCUCAAGUGUGUUCUGGGAAUGGCUGCCCAGGAGCAGAAGAGCCUGAGGCAUGAGCUGGCCUCUCCCAGCGCUGGGCCCCAGAGUCUGGGGAGACCAGGUGUCCAUGCCACCGCCUGCGGAAAGCCCACAGCCACGGGCAUCGGUGCCGCUUUGGCCCCCAGGGGCCGGACUCCGUGUGACCUAAUAGGUCGUUUCCAAGUCAGCCGUUCUGGAUGUGCAUUUCAUGUGACAAUACAGAUGAUGUACGAACC